CUUUUCCUCAUGAAAGCUGACGACAGGCGGCGGUGUGUUGCUGCCCCCUGGUGGUCGCCGUCAGUCUUCUUCUCCUCAUAUUCAGACAGUUUAGAGAUGAUUUAGUGCACUACUGCCUCCAGCCGCUUUCACAUCGUCAUUGCAAUUUUUUGCCAGAUUAGACCCCUAGAUUUAUGGCCCCGACGAAUUAUAAUUAAUACAAUAAAUAUGUAUAUAGCAUAAUACGGAUCCUGAAGCCAAAUCCGUAUCACCACCAAAACCUAGUAAUACCUUCCGUGGAAAUUACCUAUGCUGCUCAUAGGCAGACUGUGUCAUUGUUUCAUUUUAGAUACUCUAACACGUUAAAAUAAUUCAUGAUGAAAUAAAAUAUAUUAUAUUGUAUGAAAUGAUAUCAUAUUAUAAUAACGUAUUAGACAGUUAUCAUAACUUACAGUUCUUAUUAUUCAUCCAUGCUUGAGACCGGCAUGUCAACGCGUGGGCGUGAACGUUACAUUACCAUAGCAACUGAUGCAGCACGGCGGGAAAUACCAAAUGAAGGGUCCAGAGGGAAAAAUGCGACCUUUGUGACAUCAUAUUUACGAGCUCCGUGUCUUAGUAAAACAUUGCAUGAUCAUAUUUUGUUUGUCAUAGAUUUACUGUUGCCAUGUGUUUUGCUUUACUUCUCUUAACUACCCUCAAUAAAAGUUCGGGUGUAGUGGAAAAACCCCUUUGUACAGAAUAGUAGAGUCCGAUUUCAAUAUGGCGACCGCGAGUAUGAAACAUGAAAAUCUAAGCUGGUGGUAAAACGAUAACAUUCUCUGUCAAAGUCGCUUUUGUGCUAAAUGUUUAAGUAGUUUGAGAUGCUAAGUCUACAUUUCCACACACGGUGGUCUUGUGUUCUUCAUUCAUUAUAUUAUUGUUUCACCAGUUUCCGCUGUUUGUGGUCGUUAUCUUCUACAUUUGCCAGGCGUUAUAAACAAUUCUUACGUUUUUGUCCGUUUAUUUUCUUCUACAGAAACUGAAAGUAACCCAAGAACAUGGUGAAAAGUGAAGAUAUGUCCACGAUGGCGGACGACUGGCGGGAAGUGUUUGAGAAGAACCGGGUUCUUCCUCCGCCCAGCCAGACAGUCCGCCUGGCCGUGGACAGCCACCUCGCCCAGUCCCACGGCUUCCAGCUCAGCCUCAGACGACUCACCGCAGCUCACCUGCCGCAGUCACUGGAGAUACCAGAGGUGGAACAGGACUUGAACUACCAGCUGCAUGUGACACUGUUUGAUCAAAAUCGUCAGCACUUCUUUGGGAAAACAUGGAAGAGCCGACCUCAGAGGAUGAAAAACAACAAGAUAUCCCUCAAUGAGGUCCUAUACUUCCAUACGUCUCUGCGGUUGCCCAGCACGGUGGUGGUCCUGGAGCUGGUGUCAUUGUCACUCAGACCGGACGGUUCUCAGCUGGCUCUGGGCAGAGGAUUCACUGUACUGGGGCUUUUUACCAACAAGUCAGAGGCUCAGGCAGCCGAUGGGGACAGAAGGCUGAAUCUACACCAUGGAUCACCCAGAAUCCUCCUGCAUCCCCUGCUGAAGGACACAGUUGACUACAGCAUUCUCCUGAAGACUAUUGAUGGUGCACAUUUGGACUGUGAGGUUAAAAGACACCCUGCAUUGUUUUCCAUGAUGCACCUCCUACCAGAGAAUGUCCUCGCAUCUGGAGAUGAGAACAUCCCUGGACUUGCAGCUUCUCCAUCAGGAGAUGCUCUGCUGAGGCCUCAGCUGCUCAAGAUGCUGCCCUUCACCGUGAACAGACUGACCAUCUCCCUCCAGCCGUCUCUAGAGAAGUUUGAGAGCCAGCUGCUGCAGCUGAUCACUGCUGACUGCCAUAACACGAAGCAGCUGGGACCAGAGGGGACACUGAAGACAGUUGUCAUCCAGGAAAGGAGACUCCAUGUCGGUGUCCACAAUGGCUGGUGCUUCCUUGAUAAGCCACAGGUGGUGGUGCUGGAGCCCCUGGCAUCAGGGAGCAGAGGGCGAGCGGACGGCACGAUCAAGCAGAUCACCCUGGUCAAGGACAGCUCUGCUGCGUCAUCCCCCUCUGACAUGCUGAGCCUUCGCAGCAGCCUGGAGCUCAAGUUGACCAAUCAUCAGGCUCUGGCAGUCGUCUUCCAGCUGGAAUACGUCUUCUCUGCUCCAAUUGGACGAGAGACUAUGCUGUCUGCCACCUCCUCAUCCAGAGCAGCCUUCUUACAGUGCCUCCGCUGGGGGAUUUUUUGCCCCUUCCAGUCGCCCACUGACUGGAAGGGGGAAGAGAUACAGCUUGUUUUGCAAGGAGGUGCGAAGCCAAACCCUUUCGGGGUCAUGGUCUACAGCACAGAGAUGUCUGCCAAGACUCAGGGCCUCGUGCCACUCUCAGCUUCAGGCACAGCUCAGCCUGUCUCGGAGGCGAGAGAUACGAUAACUUUUCGGCUGUUGUCGAGUCUGGAGAGGAAGGCGUCCAGCCCGAAGGCAUCUCUGAGGACAAAGCAGGAGCAGGCGUCUCAUGAGAGGAGAUCACCUUCAUCACCCUCACAAGGUCAGAAACGCAUUCUAAGUUCUCCUCCAGCUUCUCCUCAAGGCCCCGGGCUCUCACUGUCUCAGCUGGCAGCUUCAUCACGUUACCCGACUAUCAGCCACUCCAGCUCGGCGUUGCCGUGGCAACAGUCAUUUCCUUCUGCGCUCCAUCCUUCCCCGUUGGCAUCAGCCCACCAGCUGUCACAUGUCGCCUGCUCAGCUGUCAGCAACAUCGCCCACUUGGAAAUGGACCUUCAGCGGGAAGGUGAUGUGUCGUCUUCAAGUCAGAAAGAAGGAGAACAGCUUCAGGAGCUUCCCUUUACACCUAUCCAUGCCCCUGUCAUCACUGUGGGGAUGCACGUGCCCAGACCCUCCUCAGUCAGAGCCAGGAGCUCAUUGGGCUCCCUCUACUCUGCUGGCUUCCCUGACAUUGUCAGCUGUAACGGGGAGGUGGCGGAAGUUCUGGACCCCACGGAGCCAAUGCCCUUUGACCCCCAGCGUGAAGAAACAGACACUCUCCAGGGCAACUUGCUGGUCUUCCAGUUCCUGGCAUUUAGCAGAAUACCUGGAGCGGGUGUUGGUGCCGAUUGGCCAGACAACAUCCACUUCACCUUCCAGUUCUAUCGCUUCCCACCAGUGACGUCGCAGCAGCUCAAACUUCUGACCAGUGACAAAGUCCCACACAAAAGUAACAGUCCACUCCCCUGUGUCCUCACCUCGGUCAACAAAGAUGGCACUGUCAAUGCCGGCUCUCCAGGUCUGCAGCUGCAGUUCAGAGUAGAUGAUGGUUUCCUGAAACCGGGGGAGAAGUGCUGGUUCCUUCGCUACCUGGCUCUUCACACCAUGCACAUCGACAUCUGGGACAGCGACUCGCUGCUCCUCAUAGGAUCUACUGCCAUCGAGCUCAAGUAUAUGUUGCGUCAAGGUAAAUCAGCAGUGCAGGCGAUUCAUGAGGUUGAGGUGCUGACCACUGAUUAUGUGGGAGAGGACACCCCACUAAUGAGCCAAACCUCAGCUUUCAGCCCCAUGAGCAUCCACACCAUCAUCAGGGGCCGACUGCACAUACGCACAGGCAACAUCGGCUGUCCAGUCGAUCCUAGCAGGAGGAGAGCUGCAGAUGUGACGCCGUCUCACUCUCACGUCAUCAGACCUUGCAAAAUCACCAGUGGUUUCAGAGGCGGCAGCCUGUCCUCCAGCAACAUCCUCAAACUCAAUGAGAGGAACACUGCACAAACACAGAGGCACGAAGUUGGGGACUGUGUGCCGUGGUACAGACGACAGAGCAGACCUGACAUCACGCCUGGUGAGCACAACCUAAAUGAGUCUGACGGCGACCACCACAAGAUUGAUGGCAUGGCUGCCAUGCACCAGCGAGAGGGCAAGGAGGGCAUCAAAGCACUUAAGGUCACGGAUCAGACUGAGGACGCCCAUUUGGCCAGAGAACCUCUUCAGAGCAAACCCGGUGAAGAGCGAAGCAAGGCAGAGAUUAUUGCCAACAUGCUGAGCCACGCAAUCACCACCCAACACCUCCUCUACGCCAGCCUGGGCUCCGCUGAGUACAUGGAGUUUGUGCUGAAAAAUCCCUUCAAUGUACCUCAGACUGUCACCAUCCACUGCGAUGACCCUGAGCUCAGUGUCAUCACGAACACAGAGGAGUGGGAUUACUUCAAAGCGCUCACUAAAUCUGCAACUCCACUGGAGGAGAACAUGUUCCGCCGGGAGAAGGACGCUCCAGGCCCGAGGGUUUACCUCCGCCCCAAAGAGAGCGUCCAUAUUCCCCUCAAGUACCAGAGCUUCCUCUGUGACCAAACAAUGGCCCCUCAGGGACCGAGCUUCUUCCCCACAGGCAAAGGUUCUCAGAUGGCCAAAAAGAAUCUGUCCAAUAUUGUUGCUGCCAAAACUAUCAAGGUUACUUUCAAAGCAGAGGACGGUAAGCCGAUGGCCAUCUGCCAGGUGAACGUGGAACCAACACCCCAUGUUGUGGACCAAACAUUCCGACUUUACCAUCCUGAACUGUGUUUCCUGAAGAAGGCCAUCCGCCUGCCACCCUGGCACGACCCCACAGUGAGUGACCCAGAUACUAGACCCUACAUUUCUGUACGCUGCAGUGACCCAAACAUCAUCUGCCAGACGAGGAUGCCGGUGCCAGGGGAGCCUCAGGAUGUGUACUUGAAAGUGCCAGGGAGUCCCAGUCCACACAUAAAAAUGUUCUUUGUGAUGGUUUUCACUGAUAAGUGGAUGGCGGCACCAUCACAGAUCUGGCAGAUGUACGUGCACUUCCUGGAGCGGGUGGAUGUCAGCUGUGUGACUGGCCAGCGCACCCGUCAGUCACUCGUGCUGAGGGGAAAGCAGACGGUACACAAGGUCAAAUGUUUCUCGUCACAACCAAAGGAGACUCAGGUGGAUCCAGCGGGUGUGUUUGUUUUGCCUCCCUCAGCGGUGCAGGAGCUUCAGCUGAAGGUGCAGCCGUGGCGGCCGGGCGGCCGCUUCCUGUAUGUGAACGCGGUGGACGUGGAGAGUAAGCGGCUCAUCACUGCCUGGCUGCUCUGCCUUAGCGUCCAUCAGCCUGUGCUGUCUAAGGCAUUUGAGGUGUGUGUCCCGGUCAGUGGCGGGCGAGGCAGCUCGAGAAAGAUCACCUACACCAAUCCAUACAAAAGCAGCCGCACCUUCCUGCUGCGGUCUGACCAUCCGGACCUGCUGCAGUUCAAAGAGGAUACAUUCCAGAUCAGCGGUGGCGAGAGCUACACCAUCGGACUGAGGUUUGCUCCCAGCCAGAGUCCAGGCUCAGUGGAGAUCCUGGUCUACGUCAACAACCUGGAGGAAAAGACGGAGGAGACAUUCUGCGUGAAAGUCAGCUACUCAUGAACUCGUGUGUGUUUGCUUCACUCAGCAAGUACAAGAAAAUAGCAACCUGGAAAUGUUUGAUUAUUAUUAUUUUUCCAUUUUAAAACUGCAGUUUGUAGUUUUACUUGUAAUAUCAUCAUAUGUCAUUCAAACCGUCGUCAAAUGAGUUCACACGGUGCUAAUUAAGCCGCUAAGCUUCACAUGACAAUGCCGUGUUGUGAUGACCCCCGCCCACGUUGCAACCUAAACCGUGCCAUGUCGAGGCGAGUCGCGCUAGUUGGAAACACUGCUUUUACUUUUGCCCAUUUCUGUCCAGUUUAGUGAAACUGUGAUGGCCAUUCUCUCUUUCUCUAAACUGCUAAAGAGACAAUGUCGAAAAUGUGUCUUCACAAAUUCAGCUGCAAAUUUUCCGUCUGUGUCUAAGUUAUAAACACGAUGACAUGUAGGCAGUUUUAAAAUCAGCAUCUCCAUUUUUCUUUGAAUAAAAAGACAUAUUCUAAGUAGUAGUUGAAAUGAGCACCUACUGUAUAUUAAACAAGUAAUGGUAUUGCAUCAAAUUGAACUGUUUCGUAAUAAAAGCCACCAUUCUUGAAUUUAACUAAAGCCCAUGUAUCAACAUAUAUAGAGAAUCGUUCUUUAAUGGAGAGAUGCACAGGAAGUCAAUUCUACUGCACCAAAGAACCCAGUCGUUCAGCAAUGUGAUGAUGGGAUAAACACUUCUUGUCUCCGUCCACCCCUGUGCUGCCGCUGUAUACACUCAAACGCUCCCACAGUCAGGUUUGAUAAUAGUGCAGGUGAAGGAUCCAGCGCACAAAUGAUGUUACGUCAUUUGUGUUCACGAAGACCAAAAAGAGGUAGAAUAAUAACACCUAUAUAAUAACAGGUUCUGCACUUCAGUUUCUAAUAUGACUUUGUUGAGUGCGAAAUUCAACACAAGCUGUAGUUUUUCUAGUUUGUAUAUAUGACCAGAUUUAAGACUGAAAUAAAACAUUUUUUAUCACA